UUAACCCAUCCAUGUUUUAAAUCUCAUUUCUAAACUUGAAACACCAUACUGAUAAAUCUUAAGCUUUUUGCCUCGAUCUGCAACUCAUAAAUCAUAUAAUCAUAUCAAUGUCCUCUCUGCUACUCCAUAUUCCAAAGAGUGUUUCUCUAUCACCCUCAUUCCGCAACUUUGCUUCUCGCGUUGCCAAUUCUAUCCACCGUGCAUGCUCCCGACAACGUCCAUGGCCGGAACUCUUUGAGUUUACUGCAUUAUCUCGUCCCCAUUCUCUCUCCGAUGCCACGACAAGGAUCCGCAAAAACCUUCCCUAUUUCUGGACCAACUACCUCACACUCAUUGGUGGUGUGCUCACUUUCUCUCUCCUUUCUCACCCUCUCUCCCUCAUCUCUCUCCUACUGCUCCUUUCUGCUUGGAUCCUUUUCUACUUUUUUAAACCAUCUGAGCAACCAUUGAUCCUGUUUGGCCGUACACUAUCAAACAGUGAAAUCUUAGCCAUCUUAGUGGGGGCCACAAUUGUAGUAAUGUUCUUUACAAGCGUUGCAUCUUUGCUUAUUUCUGCUACACUCAUUGGUGGUGCUAUUGUGUGUGUUCACGCUGCUUUCAGAGAUCCUGCAGAUCUCUUUCUUGAUGAACAAGAUGGAGCUUCUUCAUCAGGUUUCUUUAACGUUGUAAAUGGUACUUCAAUCACACAAACUGCUGCUUCUAUGCGUGAUGCUGUUUCCAUGGUCUGAAAUCUGAUUCCAAAUCUCAUUGCUACUCACAAUGUUAUUAGUUUUUUUUUUUUUGGGUGUUAGCACCCGGUUCACCCUUAGGGCUAAUCCGGAUUUGGGGCGAGUUUUGGGUGGAUAUGUUCCAGUCCCUCUCAAUUGUUGUUGCGGGGGAUCGAACACAAGUUCUCCCUACCAAAUUCAGCCUCAAUCACCACUGAACCAACAGGCAAUUGGUACAAUGUUAUUAGUUUAUUACAUGUCAUUUGUAUAAUAUGUUCGGAGUUGUUAUGCCCCGAAUACUACUCGGUCAUAUUCCCAAAGUGUCCAAGACAUAACUUAUAACGUAAACAUCUCCAAUUUUAUAUGUAUAAAAGUUACAAAAAUUUGAUAUUCUAAAACA